AUGCCACCUAAAACUAGAAGGAAUGAGCUUAGUUCAAAUCAGCUCAAAGUAAAUGAUAAUACAUAAAACUAAUAGGAAGAAGGGAACAAGGCUUUUCUGAAUAGUGAAUAUGACAAAGCAAUUGCUCUGUACACAAAAGCCAUUUGUAAGAAUUGUCUUAAUAAUUUUAGAGAUUGAAGAAAACCCAAUCUAUUUCAAUAAUCGUUCCCAAGCAUAUUUUUAUCUGGAUGAUUUAGAAUUGGCCCUCCAAGACUGCAAUAGGGCUUUAUAGUUAAAUCCAAAUUAUUUCAAGGCCUUAUCAAAUAAAGCCUAAAUUCUUUAUGAGAUGGGAUACAUUCAAGUAUUUCUUUGAUCUAAUGCAGGAUGCUAUUUAAUGUUUAGAAUCCUCAAACCAUCAUACAUCAGAGAUCGAGAAAUUAUUGAAUCAAUAUAAAUCAUAAGCUCUCUAAGUAACACUCAUUAUACAAUAAGUCUUCGAUUGAUUCAGGAGAGCUCGACAAAUAGAAGAGACUUUUGGAAUGGCUUAAGACUGGACAAGCCCUCUUCCCUAAAAUAAAGAUUGAAAGUUAUGCAGAGGAUUAUAGAGGAGUCAACGCAAGGAAAGCGAUAAGUUCAAAAGAAGUCAUCCUUUUCGUUCCUAGAUCCCAUAUGAUAACUUUAGAAAUGGCAAAAGAAACACCAGUAGCUAAAAAAAUAAUUCAAUAUAGACUUGAUUUAUUAUCACCCAAACACUCAUUCCUCUCUACUUUUUUAUUGUAAGAGAAGAAAAAGUAGGAUUCCUUUUGGAAACCCUACUUGGAUGUACUUCCAAAAUCAUACUCUAAUUUUCCAAUCUUUUUCAAUGACUGUGAUUUGGAAUGGCUGAAAGGAUCUCCUUUUUUAAGUAUUAUACGUUUUUAACAUUUUAGAAUAAGUAAAAGAUAAGAUCACAGAUCUAAAAAAGGAUUAUUGUGACAUCUGUUAAGUAGCUCCAGAGUUCCUCUAACAUUCAUUUGAUGAAUUCUGUUGGGCCAGGAUGACUGCAAGCAGCAGAAUCUUUGGUAUCAACAUCAAAGGAGUUAAAACCGAUGCCUUUGUCCCUUUGGCAGACAUGCUUAAUCACAAGCGUCCUAAAUUGACAUCUUGGUGUUAUUCUGAUGAGAGAUAAGGAUUUAUCAUUGAAACAGAUGAAAAUAUAGAAAAAGGUUAAAUGAUCUUUGACAGUUAUGGCAGCAAAUGUAAUUCUAGAUUUCUACUCAAUUAUGGAUUUGUUGUCGAUGAUAACAAUGCCAAUGAAGUAAAUCUGAUGGUUGAACCUGAUGGAACUAUUCCAUUGAUUCAAUUGAAGGAAGGACUUUCACGAGAAACCUUUUAAUUCCCAAAAUCCUUUAGAUUAGUCAUCGAUCCAAAUGGUAUAAUGUAUUUAUAUCACAUAGAUGUGAGUUUUUCUGAUUUUAUGAGUUUCAUUAGAUUUAUUCUUAUCAAAGAGGAAUAAGAAUGUGUAAAUCUUCUUGGAAAAAAUUCACAUAUAAAACCUACCAAAAUCCACUUCAUUGGCAUCUAAAAUGAAUUAGCUAUGUGGAAUCUUAUCGAAAACUUAUGCAUUCGUGCCCUUAAUCAAUAUCCAACAACAUUAGAAGUAAAAUCCUUAUGUUAUUUUAAGUAAGACUUAGAAAUACUCAAAAUAUGUGAACUGACAACCAAUCAAAGGAAUUGUCUCAUAUUAAGAAUGGGUGAAAAAAAAAUACUUAACUUUUAUAAAUAAUUCAGUGAAAAAAUGAGAUAAUUGUUUUCAAAUUUUGAUUUUUUUGUAAGCUAAUUUAUGUUUAUAAAUAGGAAUUGAAAAAAAUCCUAUAAAUUCAAGAAAACUACCAUUACUUCAAUUAUUUAAACAGGAUAAAUAAUUACCUUAAAAAUCAAAACUGA